AUGUCCCACCUUCUAAAUACCAGUGCCAAGCUCUACUUUGCCCCCAGAGCCCAUCUCUUUACCUCUACUUCUAGCUUUGCUCGUAACCCUUUUCUCCAAAUCCCUUCUUCCAUUCCAAAGCCCCUUUCUCCUCUCAUUGCUAGGGUCUCUCUUUCUUCUAAAACUUCCAAUCCCACCAUGGGAGACUCUGCCAACGCUGGAAUGGACGCUGUCCAGAGACGCCUUAUGUUUGAGGACGAAUGCAUUCUAGUGGAUGAGAACGACCGAGUUGUUGGUCAUGAUACAAAAUAUAAUUGUCACUUGAUAGAAAAGAUUGAAAAGGAAAAUUUGUUGCACAGGGCUUUCAGUGUGUUUUUGUUCAACUCGAAAUACGAGUUGCUUCUUCAGUUUUCUAUAUUCCUGAAAUUUCAUGCACUCAUGACCAUGUCUACAUAUCUUUUCUUUGUGGGAAAUGUUUCUUGUACUUCUUUAUCUAAUCUGCAUGUUUGGUUUGAUAGUGAGUUUGGAGCAAAAGUUGUGCCUCCAAAGAGGAUAUUAAAGAUGUUGCCUGAGCUAUUUGACCAUCAAGAUCAAAAUGUCCGUGCAUCUUCUAAAGGACUUACUCUUGAGCUUUGUCGAUGGAUUGGAAAGGACCCUGUAAAAUCAAUAUUAUUUGAGAAAAUGAGGGAUACAAUGAAAAAAGGAUUGGAAGCCGAGCUGGUGAAUGUAACAGGGGCAGCUAGGCCAUGUCGCAAAAUAAGGUCUGAGCAAGACAAGGAGCCAGAAAAGGAGGUUGUAUCUGAAGUUGUGGGUGCUGGCCCAUCUGAGGAAUCUACAUCUGAUGCUCCUCAGGAAAUAGAUGAGUAUGAGCUCGUUGAUCCUGUUGAUAUAUUGGCUCCUUUGGAGAAGUCUGGAUUUUGGGAUGGAGUGAAAGCAACCAAGUGGUCAGAACGGAAAGAGGCUAUUGCAGAGCUAACCAAGCUUGCUUCAACAAAACGAAUAACACCCGGUGAUUUCUCAGAAAUCUGUCAGACACUAAAAAGGUACAUUCUCAUAACAAAUGUUAAUAUCGCUGUAGCAGUCAAGGAAAUUCAAGCUAUUGGCAAUCUUGCUCGGGGUUUAAGAACUAAUUUCUUUGCAAGUUCACGCUUCCUAUUGCCAGUUUUGCUGGAAAAAUUGAAAGAGAAAAAACCUGCCUCUACUGAGGCACUAAAUCAAAGUCUUCAGGCAAUGCAUACAGCUGGGUGCUUAAGUCUAGCUGACAUUGUGGAAGAUAUUAAGACAGCUGUAAAAAAUAAAGUUCCUCUUGUACGGUCAUCAACUCUUAACUGGGUAACAUUCUGUAUUGAAACAAGUAACAAGGCUGUUAUUUUAAAGGUGCACAAGGACUAUGUGCCUAUCCUUAUGGAGUUGGGUAAGCGGGGUCUUGGAUCCAGAAGGCAAUGCAUCUGGAGAUGUUGUUACAUCAGUUAAAAGGUAGGCUCUUAUUUGUUAUUUUUGUUUACCUAAUUUAUGUAGUUUCUGCUUUAAUAGUUGGUGUAAUUUGUUUUUGUCUUUUCUGUAUAUAUACUCUUUUGUAUCAUUACUUCUUUAAUGAGAAUUGAUUCUAUUAAUUCAGUCACUAAGUUUGUCACUAAGUUUGAUUCUAUCUGCUUUUCUGAAUUCCAUUGAGCAAGGAAGUUGUC